AACGGACCAGCUUCGUGGAACAGCGACAGAAGCAAAGAAGGGACGACGUUUGUGUGUUAUUUUAUCCCCCCCCCAGGGUGAGGACCCGUUGGACUUCGGGGAGGGUGAGCGAUGUCUGUGAGCGGAGGCCAGGCCGUUAACGGCCGCCACAGCAGCUCCCUGGAGCCUCGCGAUUUCUACCAACUGAAGCAACGCGCGGCCGAGUAUUACCGGAGCAACGCGGUGCCGCAGAGGAUGCAGCAAGUGCUCAACACCAUGUUCUACGAGAAACCCGACGAUAUGUACGGCCAUCUGGCAAACUAUUUUGCUAGCUUUGCAAAGCCAGCUGCAAUUAGCAGAAUUAUUGGAAGAGAAAUACUGGAUACAAAUGGCCAAUCAACAAUAAAGGUGGAGGUAUUAUGUACUAUAAAGAAUUUUGAGAAGAGUGUAUGUUUUGCUGCAAUGUCUAAUUGCUGUAGUGAUCCUAACUAUACAACACAAGAUACUGGCAAUAAUGAUAAUGAAGAAAAAGCUCAAUCUGUCAACAUUGCCUUGGAAUGGGUCAAUGAACCACUGAACUCCUUGCUGAAAGGGCUUUUCCCGGCGAACCAGAUACAUGUGGACAAACUGCUGAGUGAAUAUUUUCAGAGGAAAGUGGAAGAAGAUGAAGAGCAAACGAAAAAGGAUAACGAAGAAGAGAAGCUAACUGAGCCAGAAUCACUCCCUCCACCCGUCAGUGCUGCUUUUGGAGACAAGAAAAAGAAAAGUCCUAAAGCCAAAAAAAGUCUUGUUAUAGAAAAAAAUAUCAAUCCCCGUGAACCUCCAGAGUCAUUCUUUCCUGGCAGUGUGGCAAUUGGUGCAGUGUCUCUGGCCAUUGCCAAAGCUGCAGCCAGACUUCAGAACAUUAUUUUGUAUUUACAUAUUGCUUCACUGAACCAAGCUGAGGAACCCCGGAAAGAGAUGAGUAUGCCACUUCCCUUGAUAACUAUACUUGAAUGUGGAAAGUCCUCUGGGGGAAAAGUACAUUUGCUGAAGGAAGUGAUAGCAAUUCCAAAACCCGGCCUUGGUUAUAAACAGAGUAUCAAAAUGAUCAGAGAUCUUCAGCAAGAAAUCAGCAAGUGGAUGUUUGCACCAAAAACUGGACCUGCAGCAAUAUCUCAGUCGGGCUGCUGGAUGAAAGGAUAUGAUCGUAUAGAUCAACCGUUUGAGAUGAUCCAAGAGGUUUGCACAGCACUGCAAUUGACGUUGGGGGAUGAUGUGCAUUUGAUGCUCAACUGUGGUGCACAUGAAUUGAUGGAUUAUGAAAAACAGAGAUAUGAAGUUAUAACUGGAGUAUUAAAACAUCCUGAUGAAAUGAUAGAAUUCUACAUCAACUUGGUAAAGCAGUACCCGUCAAUUAUUGGUCUGAUCGACCCUCUCCGGAAGGAGGAUGUGGAGCAGUGGAGUAAGCUAUGCAGUCUUCUUAGUCCCCAAUGUUAUAUCUUGGCUGAUGCAGCUUCAAGAUCAAUAGACAAGCUCCUAACGGAGGGCCUGGGUGCAAAGCUAUACAGUGGUUUAGUUGUGAAACACGCCAAUCAAACCACAAUUUCAAAUUUGAUUCAAGUAGCAAAAUUGAUGGAAGAAAAUGAGUGCAUAUUUAUAUCUGGUCUGACAGAUGAAGAAACCAUGGAUGACAGCAUGGCUGACAUAGCUGUUGGUCUAGGGGCCAGGUUCAUCAAACUGGGAGGUCUAUGUCAUGGAGAGCGGGUGGCAAAAUACAACCGUCUGCUCGCCAUUGAAGAAGAAUUGGCUCAGAGGGGAACAUUGGGCAAAUCACCUGAACAUGAAUUUCCUGUCAUCGGUGCUGAACAGGAAGAUCUUAAUCCAGAAAUGAUUCUAAGCAACUAAAUUAGACUGUAGACGCACUGAGUUGAAGCAAGAGACUCCGUAUCAAAGCAUUUUAUUUGAAUAUGAAUGAAGUAGCGUCCCAAGCUAAUGGUGACAUGUGAAGGAGAUUGCAUAUAUUAAUUGAUGCUGCUAUUAACAUUUUUAUACAUUAUAGCAAUUACCAUUACAGCAUGUAGGUAAUGUUAAUUCACUAUACAAAUUGGCAAUAUUUUUAUCUUGGAAAUGUGUUUAAGGUUGAGAAUUUUGCUUUUGCUAAACUGGAGGAAUUUCUGGAUUAAGUUACACUGUCAUGUUGAAACAAAUUAACCUCAGUCACCAUUGAUCAGAUUCCCAAGUGCAUUAAAGCCAAACAUUAGCAGUUUUUCUAGAAGGCAGUCUUGCAUUUAUAAAGUCACCUUCAAUCUUAACCAAUUGAUAGUGACCUCAUUUAUAAGUACUUUAAAUUUUAUUAAUUAUAUUUACACUUUGUUUAAAAACUAGUUUUCUGCAAAAAUCUUCCAUUUAUGCAAACUCCUUUGUAACAACCUGCCAAUUAGGCAUUGCACUUUGUAGAUAUCAGUCUGAAACCACUAUAUGUAGGCUAACAAUGCACUUGAUUAAGUAACGUAUUUCCAUAUCACUAAAUCAUCCAUUUCAUGGAUUAUAUCUGCAGGAUAUAAAUAUAAAAGUUAACAAGCAUGAGAUUUUAUAAUAGUUUUCCAUUCUCUAUCAGAAACAAAAAGUUAUAAUGUAUUCUCACUUAUAUCAACCACAUAAUUUUGCAUAUAUCAAAUUCGAAAGUGCUAAACAUGUGCUUUUUGUUACCCAGCUUUUUUGAUACCAAAUUUUUCCUUUUUUAAUAUAACCGUUUCUGCUUUCCAAAAGUAAGAAAAUGUUCAUUAAUGGUCAGUUUUACCUCCCA